AUGGCACAUCGAUGUAAUUCUAUUUUGGUUGUCCGAGCAUUUGUUUUGUUUUCUCUAUUACGGUAUCCAGGCGGGUAUAGUUGCCAGGAUCUUCGAACAUCCAAUUUCGGUGGCAUUAUGGCAGCAUCUAAAUCCGCGCAGCUCUUCGCGUGCAACUUCGAGGUGUUUGGCCGUGUGCAAGGUGUGUUCUUCCGCAAGUUCACGGCACAGACGGCCAAUACGCUGGGCAUCAAGGGCUGGUGCAUGAACACCAAGGACGGAACGGUCAAGGGCCAACUGGAGGGACCUCUUCCGCAGCUCAACGAAAUGAAACAUUGGCUCCAGACCAAGGGCAGUCCCCAGUCGAGCAUCACGAAGGCGGAGUUCUCGCCGGCAAAGGAGAUCGAUGCCUACACGUUCAGUAGCUUCGAAAUAAGGCGCUAAAGUUAAUCCUUGAAGGAACACCACUCGAGGCUCAACAUAUUCAAUUAUAGCUUAGUGUAUUUAGCUCUGUUAUGUGAGACUUGAUCUUGUCGGCUUAUGCCCAGAAACUCUUAUUCUGUAAAUCACAUAAAACAUAUUAACAAUAAUUUAUAAUUUAGCCAUAAAAUCCCAAAACAAUAACAAAUAUAUCGAAACACCUA